AUGGCCCGGAGACCCCGGCACAGCAUCUACAGUAGUGAUGAGGAUGAUGAAGACAUUGAGAUGUGUGACCACGAUUAUGAUGGAUUGCUUCCCAAGUCCGGAAAGCGUCACUUGGGGAAAACUAGGUGGACGAGGGAAGAGGAUGAAAAACUAAAGAAGCUGGUGGAACAGAAUGGAACAGAUGACUGGAAAGUUAUCGCUAAUUAUCUCCCGAAUCGAACAGAUGUGCAGUGCCAGCACCGAUGGCAGAAAGUACUAAACCCUGAGCUCAUCAAGGGUCCUUGGACCAAAGAGGAAGAUCAGAGAGUGAUAGAGCUUGUACAGAAAUACGGUCCGAAACGUUGGUCUGUUAUUGCCAAGCACUUAAAGGGGAGAAUUGGAAAACAAUGUAGGGAGAGGUGGCAUAACCACUUGAAUCCAGAAGUUAAGAAAACCUCCUGGACAGAAGAGGAAGACAGAAUUAUUUACCAGGCACACAAGAGACUGGGGAACAGAUGGGCAGAAAUCGCAAAGCUACUGCCUGGACGAACUGAUAAUGCUAUCAAGAACCACUGGAAUUCUACAAUGCGUCGUAAGGUCGAGCAGGAAGGUUAUCUGCAGGAGUCUUCUAAAGCCAGCCAGCCACCAGUGACCACAAGCUUUCAGAAGAACAGCCAUUUGAUGGGCUUUACGCAUGCUCCACCUUCAGCUCAACUCCCUCCAACUGGCCAACCCUCAGUUAACAGUGACUAUCCCUAUUACCACAUUUCUGAAGCACAAAACGUCUCCAGUCAUGUCCCAUAUCCUGUAGCAUUACAUGUAAAUAUAGUCAAUGUCCCUCAGCCAGCUGCUGCAGCUAUUCAGAGACACUAUAAUGAUGAAGACCCUGAGAAAGAAAAGCGAAUAAAGGAGUUAGAGUUGCUUCUAAUGUCAACUGAGAAUGAACUCAAAGGACAGCAGACGCUUCCAACACAGAACCACACAUGCAGCUACCCUGGGUGGCACAGCACCACCAUUGCCGACCACACCAGACCUCAUGGAGACAGUGCACCUGUUUCCUGUUUGGAAGAGCACCACUCCACUCCAUCUCUGCCCGUGGAUCCCGGCUCCCUACCUGAAGAAAGUGCCUCUCCUGCCAGGUGCAUGAUCGUCCACCAAGGCACCAUCCUGGACAAUGUUAAGAACAUCUUAGAAUUUGCAGAAACACUUCAAUUUAUAGAUUCUGAUGCUUCAUCGUGGGGUGAUCUCAGCAGUUUUGAAUUGUUUGAAGAAGCAGAUUUUUCACCUAGCCAACACGAUGCAGGCAAAGCCCUCCAGCUUCAGCAGAGAGAGGGCAGUGUGAAUAGACCUGCAGGAGAGCCUAGCACGAGGGUGAACAGACGCAAGUUGAGUGAGGGUUCACUUGACCUGCCCAAGCCCUUCCCUCCUGCAAGGCCCAGCACAAUUCCACGGGUCAUCCUUCGAAAAAAGCGGGGCCAGGCCAGCUCCGUAGCCACUGGACACUCUAGUUCCUUGAUACUUGCUGACGUCAGCAGUUCAACUCCCAAGCGUUCCCCUGUCAAAAGCCUACCAUUCUCCCCCUCGCAGUUCUUAAAUACUUCCAAUAACCAUGAAAACUUAGACUUGGAAAUGCCUUCUUUAACUUCCACCCCACUAAAUGGUCACAAAUUGACUGUUACAACUCCAUUUCAUAGAGACCAGACUGUGAAAAUUCAAAAGGAAAAUACUAUCUUCAGAACUCCAGCUAUCAAAAGGUCAAUUCUAGAAAGCUCUCCAAGAACUCCUACACCAUUCAAACAUGCACUCACAGCUCAAGAAAUUAAAUAUGGUCCCCUGAAGAUGCUACCUCAGACACCAUCUCAUCUAGUAGAAGACCUACAGGAUGUGAUCAAACAGGAAUCUGAUGAAUCUGGGAUUGUUGCUGAGUUUCAAGAAAACGGACAACCUUUACUGAAGAAGAUUAAACAAGAGGUGGAAUCUCCAACUGAUAAAGCAGGAAACUUCUUCUGCUCAAACCACUGGGAAGGGGAUAGUCUGAACACUCAGCUGUUCACACAGGCAUCACCUGUGGCAGACAUGCCAAAUAUUCUUACAAGUUCCGUUUUAAUGACGCCGGUAUCAGAAGAUGAAGACAAUGUUCUCAAAGCAUUUACAGUACCUAAAAACAGGUCCCUGGCAAGUCCCUUGCAGCCUUGUAACGGUGCCUGGGAAUCUGCAUCCUGUGGGAAGACAGACGAUCAGAUGACAGCUUCCGGUCAGCCUCGGAAAUAUGUGAAUGCCUUCUCAACCCGGACUCUGGUCAUGUGA